UAUGUUUCUUUCUUUCAUUUCUGAACAAAAGAAGAUUAUAUAGGGAUCUCAAAAUUUAAACUUCUCCUCUGAGAUGCAGAAAUCGCCACUGCUGUUGAAAUCUUUAGGCUCGUUUCAAUUCACCGUGCUUCUAAUCUCCUCUACAGUCAUAGCUAUCAGGAAGGAUGUGAGCCUGCAAGACAAUUAUAUUUGUAGAACGACAGUACAAGGAAGAUACUUGAUAGCUGAUGAUAGAGGUAAUGUAUGUGAUUCCCUAUCAGUUGAUCCACAGUCUCGCUGCUGUAACGGCAAAGGAGAACAGUUCUCUUGUCAUGGUUGCAAUCUUCUCGCACAAUGCUGCAACUCAUAUGAGUAUUGUGUUUCAUGCUGCCUUGAUCCAUCUAGGACACCAAAGGAGCUAGCACUAAAGGUGAAGAUUGCUAAGCCCGUAACUGCUGCAAAUUAUUCAAGUGUUUUCGAGUUCUGCAUGGGCAGAUGUCGUCAUAAUUCAGAGAGUGUGGUCCAUGAAAAUGCAUACCUUGGUGACUUUCAUCAUUGUUUCUCCAUACCAUCAAAUUCUUCAGGAUAUUCUGACAAGCAAUCCAAACUAAGUUUGACUGGGAUCAACAUUGUCAUUGGAAGGCAAGGGGAAUCAUGUGAUUUGGCAUGCAAAUCAAGUGGUGAAUCUUGUGUACCCAACAAACUAUCAGUGCUUAAUCAAUGUGAAAUGGUACAAAAAUACUUGAGGUGUAAAGGCGGGUGCAUGGCAAGUAUUGGAGCUGACCAACCUGCUGAAGUAGUUGAUGAUUCUCCUAGAGAUAUGAAUCCAGGGGCAUGCCUGUAUACCACAUCACAGUCUCUGCUUUCUUGCAGUGGAUCACAUAAGCAUACAAGGAGGCUUUGCCCAUGCUCUUAGUGCCUUUCUUCAGUAAAUAUAUUUUGACAGAUAGUCUUUGCUUUAGCUUUGAUGGUAUUGCAUGCCAAUAAUAAUCCUAUCACGCAAAGAUUAUGAAAAGUAUGCGGCACUAACUUAGCUUCUCAUACAAAUUUGAAUAAGUUUCUCUCUAAGGAUAUGCAUGUCCUGUUCUCUUUAUUGGUGUGCAAAGGAUUGUAGUAAUUGUUAGUGGUUUUAAGGUUUAGGGUUACCCAAACAAGUUCCCAACAUGAUUUCACGGUACAAGAGUGCCCCCGCGGAUAAUAGAUGAUUUAUACAUAUACAAGCGAUAAUCGCUUGUGAAGGACAAAUGAUUAUCGUCUGUGUAUGCAUAAAUUAUCUGUGAUUAGACACCUGUGGUGGGUUCUAGCAUGAUCCUUUUGCUGUAUUUUG